UAGAGUUGAAAGUGUGCUGUGAUUUUGAUAUUGUGACGUAAUGCGGUAAUAGGACAGAUAUUUCGAGGCACAGUUUCAGCGGAAAUAUGCGGGACAUGCCCUGAACGCCGCCGCACCGUCGAUUUUUCAGCGACGAUGGUUUUCGACCGGUUUUGUUGGUGUCUGUGAUAGUUCCCGACGGAUAGAGUGGAUUCAAGUCGGCAGUGCGUGCAGGAUGCUUUGAGAUGUGUACAUGGAUAUAAUGAGUUGUUCUGAAGUUAUGUACCAGGCAUAUUAUCCGUACUUGUACCAGAGGGCCGGAGCGGCGCCGCCAGUGUCGGCCCACCCGGUGCCCAGGACCGGGCCGUUUAGUUCGCCCUUUGGAGCGGCGCACCAGUAUGACAGGUUCAACGUUCAGCGACUGCACCAGGACGCCCACUCCCUUUCCCAACCAGGCUCGAGCGGCGCCGCGGCGACAGGCGUCGGCGGCCUGGACUCGCACGUUGUUUCCGGACACACUCAUCCCCUUUACCUACAGGGCUCUGCGCAUAGCUCCGGGGGAUCGGUCAGCUCGACUGGGGGAGCCUCCCCUACGAGUCCGCUCCGGCCGGGGAAGGAGGAGGACUGCAGUCUACACGGACGGAGCAGCACCGAAGAUCAUCAGCAGGGCGUGGAUGACGAUGACUCUCAGGACACGGGCAGCUCUAGGGCGCAAUACGUUUCGGCCAACUGCGUGGUUUUUACGCAUUACCAGGGCGACGCCGCUUCCGUCGUCGACGAACAUUUUUCUAGGGCCCUAGACAAGACGUCGACGCACACGAAAGAGAGUUCGCCGAUGUCAGCUCGAAACUUCCCCCCCUCGUUCUGGAACAGCCAGCAUUACAGCGGCGCCGCCGGCACCGGCCACCACGGCGCCUCCGCCGCCGACCUUUACUCCGAGCACUACCACCCCGGCGACGCCUGGUACCAGUACAGCCAGCACCACCGGGCAGUGCACGAUUACCACCACCACAACAUGGCGGCUCAAUACGGGGGCCUCCUCUUGCCGGGUUCUAGGUUACACAUGAGCUCCCACGCUCCCUGUAAGGCGAUGGACUGGCAGCACCCCUCGAUUGAGUCGCCGUACUCGUCAUACCCCACCAUGUCAGGUUUGGAAGCACAAGUGCAGGACUCCUCCAAGGACCUGUACUGGUUCUAAGCAAAUAGACUUUGUAUAGUUUUUGUUAAUAAAUAAAAGUGAGACGUGAUUUUAAGUGUAAUAUAAAAAGUACAAACUUUAUUAUUUAAUAAUAAGUUUCCUAUACAGACUCCUUUAACGUUUAUUUUAAAUAAAUG